AUGAUUGGUACCCUGGAAGUUAAUCACACCUUCAUCGUAGCAGAAAUCACGGAUGAAAUUAUAAUGGGAGUAGAUUUCAUGAUUGAUCACGGGGUUACUUUGGAUUUAAACAAGCAAAUGCUGUUUUGCCAGAACAUGGAGAUGCCUAUAAACACCGGAUAUGUGACCAACGUUGAAAGUAAGAGGGUGAUUGUUGAUGAUAAUCAGAGUAUUCCACCAAAAUCUGAGGCGAUUGUAUGGGCUAAAGUGAAUGGAGGAGGUGGGACUGAAGAGUUGUGGAUUGUGGAACCAACAAAAAUAGAUACACCCAUAUUGGUAGGAAGAACGCUUGUGAAAACUAGAGAAGACGCCACCAUUCCGGUCAGAGUAGUGAAUGAAUUCAACACGCCUAUAAGGCUGAAGAAAGGAGCAGUAAUUGGACAGUGCCAGAAUAUAAGUGCAAUAGCACGAUGCGAACGGUCAGAACAGAAGCCUACUAUUGAGCCACAGCAGAUAAGUCCUACAUUCCUAAAUAAUUUACUGAACGAACUGCAUGGAAAUGAAAAAUUAAAAGCAGAAAAACUAUUAGAAAAAUACGCAUCCAUAUUUGCAAACGAAGGAAACACAGGAAGAACCGGCAUUGUCAAACAUCGCAUAAAUACUGGAGACGCUAAACCAAUCCGACAAGCUCCGCGUAGGGUUCCACUAGCAAAACGUGAGGAUGCUAACAAAAUUAUUGAAGACAUGCACAAAAACGGUGUAAUCGAACCUUCAAUAAGUCCAUGGAGCUCACCUAUCGUCUUAGUUAAAAAGAAAGAUGGUAGCACCCGUUUCUGCGUAGAUUAUAGGAAGUUGAAUGAUGUCACAAAGAAAGACAGUUAUCCUCUACCAAGAAUCGACGAUACCCUAGACACCUUGUCUGGAGCGAAAUGGUUUUCUACAUUAGAUCUACAAAGUGGAUAUUGGCAAGUCGAGAUUGAUGAACGUGACCGUGAAAAGACCGCUUUCAGUAUGGGCGACGGGCUAUGGGAAUUCUCUGUGAUGCCAUUUGGGUUAUGUAAUGCGCCUGCAACGUUCGAGCGACUGAUGGAACAUGUGUUAAAAGGACUCAACUGGAAGACAUGUUUGGUGUAUCUUGAUGACAUUAUUAUCAUGGGAAAAAGUUUUGAUGAUCAUCUGAAAAAUCUAGAGGAAGUCUUUCUGCGAAUAGCAUCAGCCGGAUUACGCUUGAAUCCCAAAAAGUGUUCAUUAUGGAAGAAGCAGGUCACAUAUCUCGGACAUAAAGUGUCAACUGAGGGGAUUCACACCGAGGAGGGAAAAAUAAAAGCAGUUAAAGAUUGGCCUCAACCCACCAACAUACAUGAACUCCGCAGCUUCCUCGGCUUAUGCACGUAUUACCGCCGUUUUGUACCUGGAUUUGCGAACGUGGCUAGAAGUUUACAUGAUUUAACAAAGAAGAAUCGCCCGUUUGUAUGGCAGUUGGAACAAGAAAAAGCGUUUGAGCAGCUUAAAGAACUACUUUGUACGGCGCCGAUGUUGGCUUAUCCAAUACCUGGAAAGAAAUUCAUCCUGGAUACAGAUGCGAGCGCUUAUGGAAUUGGAGGUGUCCUGUCUCAGCUCAUCGACGGGCAAGAAAGAGUAAUUGGGUAUUACAGCAGAGUGCUCGGGAAACCAGAGAAAAACUACUGUGUGACGCGAAAAGAACUACUAGCUGUGGUGGAAUGUGUAAAACAUUUCCACAAGUAUUUGUAUGGACAACGAUUCUUGCUGAGGACUGAUCAUGCAGCAUUAAAAUGGUUAUUACAGUUUAAGAAUCCGGAAGGCCAAAUUGCACGAUGGAUCGAAAGAUUACAGAAUUACGACUUCGAAACGGAACAUCGAAAGGGGAUUCACCACAAAAAUGCGGAUGCAUUAUCACGUCGCCCUUGUCCACUGGAAUGUAAACAUUGCUCUAAAUCAGAAGGAAAAGAAGGUAUAAUCGACGUGCGAUUACUGAAUAUAGAACCUGAAGAUGAUUGGACUCCUCACCGCAUCAGAAUCAAUCAGCUGGAGGACCCUGAUCUUGCGAAGCUGGUAAUGGCCAAAGAAAAUGGGGUACGACCACCAAAGGAACAAAUAAGUAGCGAGAGUCCAACUGCAAAAGCAUAUUGGGCCCAAUGGAACAGCAUAAACCUCGUUAAUGGAUACCUUCAUCGUACCUGGGAAAGCGAAGAUGGCAAACAUUCUCGUCUGCUGAUCAUAGUACCGAAGUCCAUGAUCCCGAAAGUAUUGAAAGAAUAUCACAAUGGACCUAGUGGAGGGCACCUUGGAAUUACAAAAACUAUAGAGAAGAUUAAACAACGGUUCUACUGGAUCGGCUGUCGAGAUUCCAUAGCAGAAUGGAUAAGUAAUUGCGUAGAGUGCAUGGCAGCUAAAGGUCCUAAAGCCAAAAGUCGCGGUAGGCUACAACAGUACAACGUGGGAUCACCAUUUGAACGAGUCGCAAUGGAUGUUGCAGGUCCGUUUCCAACCAGUACGGCCGGAAACAAAUAUCUACUGGUUGUCAUGGACUAUUUCAGUAAAUGGCCAGAAGUAUAUGCCUUACCAAACCAAGAAGCGAAGACAGUAGCCGAAGCGUUUGUAGAAAAUUGGAUAACAAGGUUCGGAGUGCCCGUCGAAUUACACUCAGAUCAAGGCAGGAAUUUCGAAUCUUCCAUUUUCCAAGAAGUCUGUACAUUAUUAGGCAUCCACAAGACACGGACAACAGCGUUACAUCCACAAUCAGAUGGAAUGGUGGAGAGAUUCAACCGAACGCUCGAAGAACAUCUGCGGAAAAUCGUUGAUAAAGAUCAACGGAAUUGGGACAAGUGCAUCCAGAUGUUCCUGCUGGCGUAUCGUUCAGCGAAGCACGAGACAACUGGUUACACGCCAGCAAAGAUUAUUUUCGGAUCUGAUCUGCGACUCCCUGCUGAUCUUAGGUUUGGAACGAAUCCUACAGCUGUAAGAAAUGAUGGAGAUUAUUGUUCUGCCUUAAAGGAAGAAAUGAAUGAAUUGCAUCUAAUGGUAAGACAGCAUACGCAUCUGAUGAGCAAUAAGAUGAAGGACCGGUUCGAUCAAGCGGCAAAUUCAAAAGGUUUUGAAGAAGGUGAUCUGGUCCUGUUGUACAAUCCACUUCGAAAGAAAGGCUUGUCCCCGAAACUGCAGGCAGCCUGGGAAGGACCCUAUAUGGUGAUGAAACGACUGAAUGACGUGGUAUACCGCAUACAAAGAAAUGGAAAAGCACGAUGUAAAAUGAAAGUAGUACAUUUGGAGAGGCUCGCCCCAUUUGGUUCAAGAGGAUUUGUGCCUAAUCGGGACGAUUAGGCUUUAGUGGAGGGCAGUGUUACAAAAAGUAGUAUUAAGUUGUAUUUGUAUUACUAUAUGCAUCCCUGAUUAUGAACAAUAGCUGUAGGUAUAUGGAAUAGCAUUUGUCUUGUUGUAGACAUCUGGCGCCACACUGUCUGCUCGUCUAGUUAAACAAUUGCUGAGUCUGGCGCCGCGACUGUCUGCUUGCGUCUGGCGCCGUAUAGCCGUAUGUUCUGGUAAUUUCCAGACGCGAUAUUCUAGAAGGACACGUCGGCAUCAGCGAGAAGUGCGUGGCUAUAGCCGUAUGUUCUGGUAAUUUCCAGACGCGAUAUUCUAGAAGGACACGUCGCCAUCAGCGAGAAGUGCGUGGCUAUAUAAGCCGUGGCAGCGCCAACGUAAUCAAUCAGUGCUAAGAGUAAACUGCUAUAGUGUAGACGAGUUGUGAAAUAAAGAGUUGUUGAAUUAAAUUAAACAGUGUUGAUUUUAUUUGUCAAUCCAGAGAUACGAACCUAACAAAGUAAACUAGCAAGAGUAAAUUCGUAACAGUAUUAAUUGUGUUGUUACGUAAGUUCAACCUUACUUCUGCUUGUGUUAACCAGUCGAAUUCUAUAAUUGCAUCAAAUGAGUUAAGUUUAAGGAGAUUUGGCCACAAAUUUUCAUAAGGCACUUACUAGAUACUUUGCUCGAACUGUGUAUCGAGUUUACGGUGAAAAGGUUUUCGAUGGGAAUUACUUAGAGCCUGUAGGCUUAAGGGGUUAGGGGUAGUCAGAGGCACGAAAAAUGAGAAUUUUCAGUAUUUUUUUUUUCUGCUAUUAAAUAAUGUUAUUUUACAAAAGUAGUAAUGUGGCAUUAUUAUAAAAUGUGUUGACUUGAAGUCACCAAAAUUUCAAAAAAAAAUGUUUGUGUUGACCCAGUUCCAGAAAAAGGUAGUUGCGGUGAUAACCAUUGAACCUUGGAGAGUCAUUCAAAAUCAAUCGGAGAAAAAAAAAUAGUUUUAUAAAUAUUUAGAUAAUCCUGGGCCUGAUCUAAGGAUUUUAUUUUUUUUUUCAAAAAUUAACAAAAUGGCAGCCCCAGGAAAUUUUUUUUCUAAAUUUUUGGGAAAAAAUUAACAGUUAAUUUGUCCUUAAAAAUCGACAUUUAAAAAAAAAAUCCUUCUAUCAGGCCCGAGUUUAUUAUGUAUUCUAAGGGCCGUUUUCUUAUGUAAGCAAUAAAGCUCCCUUUACUAACUGGGAGGAUAAAUUGUUCCUCACUUAAAAGCGCGAUUUAAGUUAUUUCGUUUUCUCAUCUUGCCUGUAAAAAUAUAUUUGUUAUUUCGAAAUUAUGGCAAGGCCAAAAUUAAAAUCCAACAAUUGCCUAUAAAAUUGGCAUGUUGGCAAUGUCAUGCAAGCAAAACGUAAACAAAAUCAGCUGUUAAUUAAAAAAUUAUGAUGGAAAGACCACUGCUAAAAAGAAAAAGAGGAAAGAACUUCACUCCCCCAGAAGAGGAUGCAUUAGUGGAGUUGGUGGAUGAACAACGACAUAUUCUGGAGAAUAAAAGAUUCGAUGCUGUCACAUGGCACCAGAAGGAGGAGGCCUGGGAAAAGUUGGCGGAUUGUUUCACAGCUAGGAUUGGGACUAAUCGAGAGUGGAGGACUUUACGGGAUAAGUUCGAAAGCCCGAAACGAAAGUCCAAGGCAGAAAUGGCAACCGAGAGCGUUAUCGGACAGGUGGCGGUUCGGCUGCUGUAGAAAGUAGCAGCAUGGUAACGCAAAAAGUUGCUGCUAUUUUGGGGGAGUCGGCCACUGGAUUGAAAAAUACCUUUGAUGCGCUGCCGAAGACCUUCAUUGAUGAUACAUGGCACUAGUGGAACACACCUGUGUUACAGCGGCACUUGCAAAACUCUUUAUACUAGCGAUACAGUGGCACUGGCAAAACUGUUGGCACUAGCUACGCGCCAAAAUACACUGCAUUCUCUUACGAGUAAAUAUGAAUGUUUUCAAAAUAAAUGUUUUUCA